AUGGCACAGGAGAAAAUGGAACUAGGCUUGGAGGUGCUGCCGAGUUCAACCACCACAGAAGACAACACUCUGAGAAGAUCCAACAGCAUCCCUUUGAUCAGUGGGCUUGGUGGUAAUACACAGGUGUUCCAAUCUGACACAUUAAGAACUCGAAGAAACAGUACAUCGUGUAUGGCACAGCACUGUCUGAUUGUGCCACCUUCUCCCAUUCAGGCUUCCACCAGUCACCUUUAUCAAAUCAAACAGGAAGAAGCCAUGGAUUUAAUGAAUAGGGAAACAAUGCAUGAGCAAAAGGUGCCUUUGCUUAUUGAAGUGAAUCUUGGGUUCCCUGCUUGCUUUAGGAUGGUGAAAUGACAUUUGAACAUCAGCCAAAGAGAUUUUUCCAAGACACAACCAACGUGCUUUCUUCUGAUACUACCCAGCUGUCUGAUAGGAAUGUAUUUCUAUCUUCAGAUGCUCUUGAUAGAAACAGCAGGAGUGCAGGGUCUUCUCAUAAUUCACCAGCUAAAAUCAGCACUGUCACAAACUCUCCUGUGUUGCCUUCUGAUUUUAGUUCUCUAUUCUAGCAGAUGA